AUCCCACAGUUUCAUUUCAUGGAAAACGACUUGGGAAAGCUUCACCCUUCUUCCUCUUCCCAAUUGGAUAGCAUAAUUCGUUACCCUGCCUUCCACAUGAACCAAGAGUCCCAUGACGGAUCAGGGGACGCCUUCUUGCCUCCAAUUAUCCCUUGGCAAGACAAUAGGUCCUUUUUUACUUCCACACUCCCUCCACUUCCUCCACCCACCGCAUUCUAUGGCGAUCUAUACUCACGGCGGCUGAACUUCGCUUACGAUGGAGGUUUCGGUCCAAUUGGAUUCGCCGCCUCUGAUCAGAUCGGGCUUGCGGGGCUCUACAUGGCCGGAGGUUCUGAAGCCUUGCUAAUGGAAGGCGGCGGCAUGUCUUCAGCUUUUGGAGAGCUGGGUAAGAUGACAGCGCAGGAGAUCUUGGAUGCGAAGGCGCUCGCUGCGUCGAAGAGCCACAGUGAGGCGGAGCGCCGUCGUCGCGAGCGUAUCAACGCUCAUCUUGCAAAGCUGCGCACCCUUCUCCCAAGUACCACCAAAACCGACAAGGCCUCGCUGCUCGCUGAGGUUAUACAGCAUGUCAAAGAGCUAAAAAGACAAACUUUAGAGAUCGCCGAGGAGAGUCCAUUGCCGACCGAGACUGACGAGCUAACCGUCGAUGCAACAAGCGAUGAAAACGGGCGCCUCAUUCUAACAGCUUCCUUAUGUUGUGAAGACAGGACUGACCUCCUUCCUGAACUCAUCAAGGCUUUGAAAUCACUCCAUCUCCGAACCAUAAAGGCAGAGAUGACCACACUUGGCGGCCGGUUUAAGAAUGUACUUGUCAUCACUGCUGACGAUUGUUUUGACAGUACGGAUGGUAACACCGAUCAGCAGAGUUAUUCUGUUGAAUCGAUACAGGAUGCGCUCAAGGCGGUGAUGGAGCGCACUGCGGCGGCUGAGGAGCCUGCGGCUGGUGGCAGCAGUAAAAGACAACGGACUGCAAACUUGUCCAGCAUAUUGGAGCAUAGGUCCAUCUAGCUAGCCAAUUAAUGCUGCAUGCAGAUUCAGCGGAUUCUGUCUAGGAAAUAUACCUAUAGAUGGUCGAAGAUGACAUAUGGUAUCAACAUGCAAGUACUUCAGUUUCUCUUUUUUCUUAUAAUUAACCAUUAAAAGGAUGGAUCUUUUUCGUGAGAUGGGAUGUGGUUUGCAAUAAAUGCUCUGAUUGCCAGAAAGCAGCAGUUAAUAUGGCUGUUCAACAAGAGAAGAUCAUCUUGUCUUCUUUGGUUUUCGAGGCAGCUGCAGAAGUACGAUUCCUUGUUGUGUUUGUUUGGUAGUGAGUUCUUCAUGGGCAUUUGACGUGCAUGACGUAGAAUCCUGGACAUGCAAGAUUGCUAAGAGAAAGACUCGUUGCUAGAUUUUUAAGGCACUUGAAGGUAAUGUAUGUAUUUAUUGAACGCUUCCUUUUCUUUCAUUAUAUUUUUUUUUCCUUUU